CCACCCACCCCCGAGCGCGAGUAACGGCGCGAGGAAGUCUGAGUGCGGUGCGCUGCGGGACGACGAACCAGUAGGUUGGAGCUCGGCAACGGCGGCCGGCAAGGGUUGGGAUGGCCACCUGUUGGGGAAGCGUCUUGCAGGAUGAGCGGCAGCUGGAGGAGCUGGCUCAGCAGGCUGUGGACCGCGCCCUGGCUGAGGGGGUGCUGCUGAGGACCUCACAGGAGCCCACCUCCUCGGAUGUGGUGAGCUAUGCCCCAUUCACGCUCUUCCCCUCACUGGUCCCCAGCGCCCUGCUGGAGCAGGCCUAUGCUGUGCAGAUGGACUUCAACCUGCUAGUAGAUGCCGUCAGCCAGAACGCUGCCUUCCUGGAGCAAACUCUGUCCAGUACCAUCAAAAGGGACGACUUCACCGCUCGACUCUUUGACAUCCACAAGCAAGUCCUGACAGAGGGCAUUGCCCAGACCGUGUUCCUGGGCCUGAACCGCUCAGACUACAUGUUCCAGCGCAGUGCUGAUGGCUCCCCAGCUCUGAAACAGAUUGAAAUCAACACCAUUUCUGCCAGCUUUGGGGGCCUGGCCUCCCGGACGCCGGCUGUGCACCGACAUGUCCUCAAGGUCCUGGGUAAGACUGCAGAAGCUGCCAAGGUCCUCUCCAAUAAUCCCAGCGAGGGACUGGCCCUGGGGAUCGCCAAAGCCUGGGAGCUCUAUGGCUCCGCCAAUGCUGUGGUGCUGCUGAUUGCUCAAGAGAAGGAAAGGAACAUAUUUGACCAGCGAGCCAUAGAAAAUGAACUACUGGCCAAGAAUAUCCACGUAAUCCGGAGGAGAUUCGAGGAUGUCUCUGAAAAUGGGUCCCUGGACGAAGACCGAAGGCUGUUUAUGGAUGGCCAGGAAGUUGCUGUGGUUUAUUUCCGAGAUGGCUACAUGCCGAGUCAGUACAGUCCACAGAACUGGGAGGCGCGCCUGUUGCUGGAGAGAUCCCGUGCUGCCAAGUGCCCAGACAUCGCCACGCAGCUGGCUGGGACCAAGAAGGUGCAGCAGGAGCUGAGCAGGGCGGGCGUGCUGGAGGUGCUGCUCCCUGGCCAGCCCGAGGCUGUGGCCCGCCUUCGUGCCACCUUUGCUGGCCUCUACUCACUGGACAUGGGUAAAGAAGGGGACCAGGCCAUCGCUGCGGCCCUUGCUGCCCCCAGCCGGUUUGUGCUAAAGCCCCAGAGAGAGGGCGGAGGUAACAACCUAUAUGGAGAAGAAAUGGUGCAGGCCUUGGAGAGGCUGAAGGCCAUCGAAGAGAGGGCCUCCUACAUCCUCAUGGAGAAGAUCGAACCUGAGCCUUUUGGGAAUUGCCUGCUUCGGCCUGGCAGCCCUGCCCGGGUGGUUCAGUGCAUCUCAGAGCUGGGCGUCUUUGGAGUCUAUGUCAGGCAGGGAAAGACACUUGUGAUGAACAAGCAUGUGGGGCAUCUACUUCGAACCAAAGCCAUUGAGCAUGCAGAUGGUGGUGUGGCAGCAGGAGUGGCAGUCCUGGACAACCCAUACCCUGUGUGAGGGUACAGCCUGGCCAGCCUGGACUUUGCUCAAGAGACCCUCUAUCCUUUCACUUGUCAUUCCUCUCCUAGCCUCCCUCCCACCUUGGGAGGGCUGAUGUCUUCUGAAGACCUCUCAGGUCUUCAGGGAAGUGCUGGGUACCUUCUCCCAGCUCUCCUUCUAAGGACCAGAAAAGAUUUGUUUCCCUUAGAUGAGCUCUAGAGGCUCUCAAAUACUUGGAGUAUGGGAAGGGAAGUUGCUCUGAGAUAAAGGUGAACACUGGCACCUUCUGUUUGCCCAUUGUCAGCCUUUCCAGCAAGUUUCAGUGCCUGACCUGGGAUGGGACCAGGCAGCAGGAGGAGGUGGGUGGAGGGGCAGCACCUUUUCCUGACUCUGCCUUAAAUAAAACUACAUUGCUGAUUCAGUGACUUCUUGCUUUGUACGU